UAGAGCGUCUAACAACUAUUGACUGGAACAGAAAAGAUAACUUUGAUUGCAAUUUAAGUUGUAUUCAGCAGACAAUGCACCAAAUAAUUCUUUUGGUUAUGUACAUGUUUUUGAAAAGCACAGUCUUUGGGUGUCCUUCUGUGUGUCUUUGUGCAGAUGGAAGAUCGAUCAAUUGCAUGGAUAGAAAUUUAACAACAGUACCGUCUGGAUUUCCACACACAUCAACUUAUCUUUAUCUGAACAAUAAUCAGUUAACAUCGUUAAAUGGGACAGAAUUCCAAGGCGUAAAAUCUCUUCAUUAUUUGAAACUUAACAAAAAUCAGUUGGCAAUGCUAGAUGAAAAUACUUUCCGCAACUUGACGGCGCUUCAAUACUUGGAUCUUGACAAUAAUCAGUUAACAUCAAUAAAUGGGACACUCUUCCAUGGACUAACUGCUCUUAAUACUUUACUUCUGAACGACAAUAAAUUAGCAAUGAUAGAUGAAAAUGCAUUUAAAGACUUGACGGGGCUUAAAAACUUGUCACUGACCAAUAAUCAGUUAACAUCAAUAAGUGGGACAGUCUUCCAAGGACUCAAGACUCUUUAUAAAUUGUACCUGCAUGAUAAUAGAAUUACGGAAGUAAAUACUCAUGCAUUCCAGGACUUGGCAGCUAUAAACGACUUGAAUCUUGCUUACAAUGGAAUUACAGUGCUGGAUGCAGAUGUAUUUCAGGACUUAACAACACUUAAAAACCUGGAAUUGCAAGCAAACAGAAUGACCAUGCUAGAUGCGAAUAUUUUCCGGGACCUAACGGCUCUUAAAUACUUGCGCCUGGAUGGCAAUCGUAUUACCAUGUUAAAUGCGACUGUAUUUCAAGGCUUGGUGGCUCUUAUCGGAGUGGCUCUGUUUGACAAUCCUUUAACCACGCUAGACGCAGAUCUAUUCAACGGUACGAAUCUUCAAGUUAUAUACCUACACAGAACUAAUUUAACGACGCUAAGUGCAAAUGUAUUUCGAGGCGUGGUGGAUCUAAAGUACGUGUCACUGCAGGAAAAUGAGCUUACCUACCUUGAUGCAAAUGUAUUCAUAGGGUUUUCUCUUCUAUACUUAGCUUUAUAUGAUAAUCCACUGAAUUGUUCCAGCUGUGAUUUAUUACAACUAAAGCUAUUUCUACAAAAUCUGACUUUAAUGUAUGGGAAUGCCAAUGCAACCUGUGAUGGGACAAACAAUUUGGUAGUUGACUUUAAUUUCACCGACUGUAUAGAUAUGACAACGGUAGCUGCCAAAGCUUCUACUCAGCAAGCAAGCACAAUUGGAAGCAGUAUAUCAAUACCACGAAGUAACGUCGUAACAACUGAACCAAUAAGUGACGCUGUAACAACAGUGAAAACAGCCAAUGCCUUUUUAACAACAGUAACAAAUGGUCCUGACGAACCAAUAAUACAAACAACUAUCGACGCCAUAACAACAAAAGAACCAACUACUCACGCCACAGCUCUAACCCCAAAUGUUGUAGAAACUACAAUUAGUACAGCUCAAGAUACUCAAUUGAAAUCAACGCCUUCAACUGUUACCCAGACAAUACCACGAAGUAGCGUCAUUACAACCGAACCAAUAAGUGACGCUGUAACAACAGUGAAAACAACCAAUGCCUUUUUAACAACAGUAACAAAUACUCCUGACGCACCAAUAAUACAAACAACUAUCGACGCCAUAACAACAAAGAAACUAACUACUGACGCCAUAGCUCCAACCCCAAAUAUUGUAGAAACUACAAUUAGUACAACUCAAGAUAAUCAAUUAACAUCAACGACGACACCUGUUACCCAGAAGGCCGACACUAUACAUGUAGCUAUUAUAACCGGGACAGUUACUGGUGCUGUUGUAGUGCUUUGUGUAAUCGCAUACUUUGUAAUACGAAAGGUUUGUAGUUGUGCAUCUAGCAGUAAAACAGUUGUACAUCCAUCAAUCUAGAAGAUAUAGAGGUAGUGCUGGCAACAAUAGAAUCAAUAUGCGCAAUAAUAGGAAGUCAACAGAAGAUUUUUAAAGAGUAUAUGUUGGUACUGUAUUAUAAUGAUGGCCUGCGUUUAUUUUUGCGUUACCUUAUUUCAAUUGUGAUUAUAUAAUAAUGUUAGUUUUACCCGUUUGCUUAGCUUUUUCACUUCUUUUUUAUUUAUAGAAACAAAAAUGCCUUUUAUAGUGUAUGUAAAAUAAAAUGUCCAUGUCGAUUUAACACGUAGUUGCAAUGUUAGAAUUUAAAUGUACAUUGAAAAAUAAAAAAUAAAAACUGUAUUCUUUAUUGUGGCACGAAAUGCUAUCCCCUUUAUGGACAAAGUAGACAUUCCUUAAAUUGUAUAAGCCGUAAUCAAAUCGAUGUCCAGGAAAUGAUGUAAUUGAAAAUUUUACUAUGGUGUUAGAAAUUGUUUUAAAAAAGUUAAUUUUAAAUACCGAUUAAAACUUUGUUUAACGCUACUGGGUCAGUUUGAUCCUAUGAUAAACCAUUAUUUCUUUCACUAUUUGCUUUUAAUCAAACAUUUGUUUUAGAUAUCAUGAUUCUUAUUUUUAUUAUAUUUCACAUAUUUGUGAUAUUUAACUUAUUUACCAUUUUUAUUAGAUCUAUUUAUCUUCAAUUAUUAAAGUGAUUUAUAAAUCUUGUAAUGUGAG